UGCCUAACAGCUGCAUAGUUCCUGGUUGGAUCCCCCAGCUUGGGUGGCUGUCUGUCUGGAUUUCCUGUGCAUGUUCUCCCCUUAUCACGUGGGUUUCCUCCACUUUCUCAGAUUUCCUCCCAAUUCCUAAAACCAUGCCAUUAGGUGGAUUGGUCCUAGGAUUGAAUGAGUGUUAGGAUUGUGUGUGCAUGGUACACUGUGAUGGGGGUGUCUCAUUCAGCAUGUAUUCCUGCCUCAUGCUCAGUGUGGUGAGUGAGAGUGAAAUUGUGCAUAAAUAGUCAAUCUUUAUAGUGAAUCCUAUAAGGUUCAAUUGCAUUUCGACCAGAUCUGGGACACAAUCUGUUAUUAAUCCUUCUGGUCUUUUACUAAACAUCUGUUACAACUGUGCAGCAAUUUAAAGACAGACGUCUGGUGUAAAGGGUUAAAUGAGCUGAUGAUGCGUUAUCGACUGAGACCGUGUGACUAAGCAUCUCGCAUGCAUCCCUCCAUUCCUCCAUUCCUCUUGUUGAAGUUCAGUGAGUUGUUUUUCUGGUCUGAGCGCGCAGGCGAAACCAUUUUGCACGUGGGGGACCCCAUGACAAAAUACAAGAUGAAUUUCAUAUGUAGAAUUUUCGGACUUUGAUAUUAUUAUUUUUUUCCCCUGCUUAUUAUAUUAAAAUAGUCAGUAAGCUGGAAUUUGAAACCGUGUCCCGAGCCUCCUGGUCUGUUGUGUCUCUUCAAAUCCUUUCCGGGGAAUAAAGAAAAAGAAGCACGUGCUAUUAUAGUCACGUGACUUUCUGUGGUCACAUGACCUUUAAAAAAAAAAGCCACACUUUCGUUGCUCUUUAUUAAAGGCUACGAGGUUUUAAGGUACAGCACUAAAAUGGCUGGCAGGGAAGAAACUCAAGGGCUGUUAGAUGAAACUGGCCAUGAUGCUGGAAAUCGAAGGCGGAUGUCCCCGUUUUGUGACCCGAAUCAUUUAUUACACCGAAUUGUUGUCCUUGUUUUCAUGUGUUUUUUAGGAUUCGGAAGCUACUUCUGUUAUGACAAUCCUGCUGCUCUUCAGAAACAAGUCAUCCAGGAUAUGCAGUUAAACACCUCCAAAUUCAUGCAGCUUUAUGCCUGGUACUCAUGGCCUAAUGUAUUUCUCUGUUUCCUGGGAGGAUUUUUGUUGGACAGGGUGUUUGGCAUAAGGAUGGGGACAAUCAUCUUUGCACUCUUUGUGUGUAUUGGACAGGUCAUAUUUGCCAUGGGUGCUUUGGUCAACCAUUUCUGGUUGAUGGAAUUGGGGCGCUUUGUUUUCGGUAUUGGAGGAGAGUCUUUGGCUGUGGCUCAGAACACAUAUGCUGUGAACUGGUUCAAAGGGAAGGAGCUUAACCUGGUAUUCGGCCUGCAGCUCAGCAUGGCGAGAGUGGGCAGUACAGUGAACAUGAACAUCAUGAGCUGGGUGUAUGAUCAAAUGACGAACUUGCUGGGCCACACUGGCCCCUUCACUCUCGGAGUUGCACUCAUGAUCGCGGCCUCGACGUGUGUCUUCUCUCUGAUCUGUGCUCUGCUAUUGGCCUACUUUGACAAGCGGGCAGAGAGGAUACUGAAAAAGGAACAGGGAAAGACUGGUGAAGUGAUCAAGUUGAAGGAUGUAAAGGACUUCCCUUUCCAACUGUGGAUGAUCUUCAUCAUCUGUGUGGGAUAUUAUGUGGCCAUCUUCCCCUUUAUUGGCUUGGGACAGGUUUUCUUCAUUGAGAAGUUUAACUUCACGCCGACCCAGGCAAGAGCAAUAAACAGCAUUGUGUACAUCAUCUCAGCUCCAGCAUCCCCUGUGUUGGGUUUCAUGGUGGAUAAAACGGGCAAGAACAUCACGUGGGUUCUGUGUGCCGUGGUCACCACACUGAUUGCUCAUAUGAUGUUGGCUUUCACCUUCUGGAACCCCUGGUUUGCUAUGGUCCUCUUGGGUCUGUCAUAUUCGCUGUUGGCCUGUGCUCUCUGGCCAAUGGUGGCCUUUGUAGUGCCAGAACACCAACUGGGAACAGCAUAUGGAUUUAUGCAGUCCAUACAGAACCUGGGUUUGGCACUUAUCUCCAUGGCAGCAGGAGCUAUUCUCGACAGCAAGGGUUACCUCUUCCUGGAGGUGUUCUUCUGUGCAUGCAUCUGCUUGGCUGUGAUAGCAGUGGUGAUGCUUUACUUUGCGGACCUUGUCCGAUGUGGAGAACUGAACCUUUCAGCCUCAGCCCGAGCCAAACUCCAGAAGAGCUUUUCUGCUGAGUCAGAGUGAUAGCUGUUCAGUCCACUGGCUCCACCCUUCCUGCUGUGAUCUGUCUCACUGGACAACUCAGCCUGUCAAUCACCCACCAAUGGGCAUUUCUGCACUACUUACUCCUCUUCAUCACACUGACCAGUCUAAUCCCAACACACUGGUAUAGGGCUGUCUCAAAUAGCCUUCUCCCCCCAGAUAGAACUUUUUAAUAAUCACUGUGUUCACAUUGGGAUUGGUAUAUUGUACAGGUUGAAAGGAGGAUCGGAUCGAUUUGGCUGGUUGGGUCAUGCCAGAGAGGACGUCUCGCCACUCUCUUAACUCCACCUCAGAGCAGCUGGCACUGUCAUGGACACCUUCAAAAUACCACUUCCUUUUUACUCUUGGUAUCAUUUAGGGCCAGUUCUUUCCACAGACUUUUGCACUGGUGAAUCUUCACCCACUGGGAAAACUUACUGGGAUGUAGCUUAUGCUUUAUCUGUUCACAGAUUCACAACACCCUACAUUUUGUUACCUCACCCGCUGUGAGAAGCUAUGUUGUGGCACUUCCUAACUUUUUACAUGACAUCACUUGACUGAGUCUGAUAUUUUAUGGUUUUAUCUUUUUUUAAGACUUAUAAACAAAUCCUUUUUUUAAUUAUUAUUUUUUUUAAACUUCAACCUGUGGUAUAUUGCUGUCAAACAGUUUUUCAAAUAAUUUUAAAUAUAAAUAGUCACCUUACAAUUGCAUGUAGUGAAGUAAUCAUCAUGUUUGUAUCUUUUCCACAGUAUUUAGUCUCUGCAUUAUAAUCUACAUGGUAUUCAUCAAGAAAAUUGGAUUUGGUUUUAUAUCUACAAAUAAUAUGACUGAAAUUAUACAAGCUUUUUAUUUUUAUUUUUUUAAUUGGAGUCCAAAAGAUUUCUAGCAUAUCAGCAGUCUUUUAAAUAUUUCAGACCAUGGCCGUUUGUCAUUUUAGAGAUUUUUUUAAAAAUAUUUUUUCCAUUUGUGCAUCAUUGAUAUUACAAAGCAAAGUAAGUAUCAUAGGAGCAUUCUAGGGAUGCUUUGUCUUUGUCUUCAUGUGUACAUAUAUUAUUGACCCAAUUGCAUUUCAAUCAAAUGCAGGCUAAUUGUUAACGUUAACAGCAAAUAUGCUUCAAAAUGGUUGAUCUCUGCAUAUAUGCACAGUUUGAAAAUACUUUUGUUGAUUAACCUUAUAGGACUUAGGAGCUUGGCAAUGUGUUCCAGUACUGGUUUUGCCAUGGUUUUUGUAAAGUUAGGCGCACAAAGGGAGGAGGGUAUAAGAGGGCGGGUUA